AUGGAAAACAUCGAGACGUCUGGAUCAGCCCUUGCGACAGGCAGUAUCGCCGCUCGUUUCAUCUCCCAAACCGCCGUUGACGAGGCCAACGACCGACGGGAGCAAGAAUGGAAGGAUGCGUACGCUCGCAUUGGACAGGAGCCACCCCCACAGAUGAAGGAGCAACCAGAUGAUGGUCGUACACUGUAUGAGAGACUGAAGGAGCAAGAGAUUCUGAAGCAAGAAGAGUGGGACAAUCGAAUGAAGCUGUCGAACCAGUACCGUGGCCUAGACAACGAGGAGCUCAACUUUUUGGCAGACAAGAUCAAGGAGAGGCGAACCAAGGAGCAGAAGGAGAAGGCUGAGGACAAUGUCGAAGUGCAAGCUUACAGAGAAGCUCUGGCAAAGAAGAAUGCGGCCAGUUUGGCGGCUGCCGAGCCCCAGACCUCUGUUCCACCCGCCUCCUCAUCCUCCUCGGCGAAACCCUCGACAUCAGCAGUGAAGCCUCGAAUUCCUCCCAAAGCCCCGAAGAAGGACAUCAAGUCGCUGAUGAAGGGUGUCGUGGUUAAGAAGGCAAAGCCAGCAGCAGCCCAGGCUGCAGUGGGCAAAGGUAUCAAGAGGGCAGCCGACGGUGACGUGCAAGGCGAGAAGAAGCGCAAGAUGUAG